CGAGGCAGCCUGCUGCUGACACUUUCCCCAAAUUGUAGCUUUGACUCUUAGAGAUAGGACGCACAGUCGGAGGGUGAAGCGAUACACUGAAACGGCGGGUGAGCUCUCUCUGUCUGUGUUCAGACUCUCCUGCAUGGAUACGGAGCAUCCACGCAGCUCGGAGGAUAUUUCAGCGGUGUGUUCGGUAAAUAGAUAUCACGGCGCGCAUUGACGUCGCUUUCCGAAUCCUCUCCGUGGCACGCAACUACAAGAGGAACCGGGACUGCCUUCUCCCUUCGCUUUACACCGUUUUCAAGAGCCCGCUGGGACUAAGUGAAGCUUUCUCCGGGUAAAAAGGGGCAUGUGAUCAGUAUUAAGUCAAAUUGGCGAUCGAAGAAUUCACCUUGAGCGAUUCCAACCGCAACACUGAGCGUCUGACUGAAGAAAGAGGACACAUUGUUUGCUUUAUAGUCAGUGUCAUUUAUCUUAUUUUAAGUUCUGGGGGAAAGCAAACAGUCAGAUAGCGUUUGAGUUUCAGGCUCUGACUGACUGGAACAGACUUUCCCAAGAGGUUCCACUCUGAAGAACAACGUGUUUAUGGAUUGCUGCGCAGCCAGGAACACCGGGAGUUGUAGGCUGAGCUUUCAUGCAUCGACCAUGUUGAUAACUUGCUGUUGCUGUAAACUUUGAUAGAUGUUUACGGGACGAUUUCAGUCACACUGAAAAACAUUUGCAGAAUUAAGCUCAUAUACGCUCAGACUGACCUCUGGGGAAAGUGGGAAGCGCCCUUUCGCCCUCCCUCAUUUCUUUUUUUUUCUCCCAAGACGUCAGGACGGAUCUCUAUCACGCAGUCUGACUCUCCUUCUGUGAUUUAAACAGAGACCAAGUGUUUGGGGAUAGCAUGGCAAUGGUAGUAAACCAGUGGCCAGAGAACAUUUCUGCAGACCCCGGGUCUCAGCUCCAGAUAUGCGGCCAGGACCCCGGUGGGGCGCCGGGGACACCUAACGGUUCCACCCCGGGGAACGACGCACUUUCCGGGGACAAGAUCCCCAACGUGGACUGCAUGGUGUGCGGGGACAAGUCCAGUGGGAAGCAUUACGGCCAGUUCACCUGCGAGGGAUGCAAAAGCUUUUUUAAGCGCUCGGUGAGGCGGAACCUGACAUACACCUGCCGGGGGAACCGAGACUGUCCCAUCGACCAGCACCACCGAAACCAGUGUCAGUACUGCCGGCUGAAGAAGUGCCUCAAAGUCGGCAUGAGGAGAGAAGCUGUACAACGAGGACGUACAUCUAACUCUCAGAGCAGCCCAGGACAGUACCUGACCAACGGUACCGACCCGUACAACAGCCAGCCCUACCUGUCCGGCUUCAUCUCCCUGCUGCUGCGUGCCGAGCCCUACCCAACGUCUCGCUACGGGGCUCAGUGCAUGCAAGGAAACAACCUUGUGGGCAUCGAGAACAUCUGCGAGCUGGCGGCCAGGCUGCUGUUCAGUGCUGUUGAGUGGGCCAAGAACAUCCCCUUCUUCCCUGAUCUGCAGCUCAUGGAUCAGGUGGCGCUGCUCCGUAUGUCAUGGAGCGAGCUCUUCGUCCUCAACGCUGCCCAGUGCUCCAUGCCGCUUCACGUGGCCCCUCUGUUGGCGGCGGCCGGCCUGCACGCCUCACCCAUGUCGGCGGAGCGCGUGGUGGCCUUCAUGGACCACAUCCGGGUCUUCCAAGAGCAGGUGGAGAAGCUGAAGGCACUGCAGGUCGACACGGCUGAAUAUUCCUGCCUCAAAUCCAUCGUGCUCUUCACGUCUGAUGCUAUGGGUUUGUCAGAUGUUGCCCAUGUGGAGAGCAUCCAGGAGAAGUCCCAGUGCGCCCUGGAGGAGUACGUCAGGAACCAGUAUCCCAGCCAGCCGAACCGCUUCGGACGCCUCCUCCUCCGCCUGCCGUCGCUGCGCAUCGUCUCCUCUCCGGUUAUCGAGCAGCUGUUUUUCGUGCGCCUGGUGGGCAAGACGCCCAUCGAGACGCUGCUCCGCGACAUGCUGCUCUCAGGCUCCAGCUACAACUGGCCCUACAUGCCCACGGUGCAGCGUGAGCGGCCCCUCUCCCUCCACUACAACGAGAACGGGCCCUGAGCUGGAGACACCGACGAAGAAGAAGCUGUGGAGGGGGGGAAACAGUUCAGGUUGGCCCGAGUACUCAUCCAUCCAUCCUUCCUUCCCUUCAUUGUUCUCAGCUUUCCCAGUGGAGGCGUCUCCCUCACCAUUCCACCCUAAAGACUGACAAUACGAUACGUCUCGGUUAAACACGCCAGCCAGUCGCACACCAUCGCCGAUGCAGAGAGUUGGCGGCCCCUCAGCGAACGGCACAGUCUACGUUUGAGAUGUGGAAUGAGAUGGGCAGGUUGGUGGAAUGGGUGAUUGCGCAGUUCACCAGCAGGUCUGUUGGACUCACUUCAGAUGUCAAUCUCAAAAAACCCCCGAUGCAAACAGUCGCAGCCAACAAAAUUACUUCUUGGUGCUACACCGACACUCACACAGGCUGCAUACAUGCAAUGGCGAAUACCGAGCAAGGGCUUUGUUGUGGGACGCUACAGCCGAGAGCACAAGGCCCUUUGUAUAUUUACCAGUUUUUGAGAAGAAAACCAGAAGCCAUUAAAAAAAAAGACAAAUGCCAAAAUGUCUUGAACUUUUGCAGAUCACAUGUUUUAUUGUGUGUUUGUAUUAGCACUGUUUAUAUGGAGAGAAAACUCAUGAUUGUGUCCAUAUGUACAGUAUAUCAUGGAUUCAUAGGCAUCUAAGGCAUAUUAGGGUUUAAUGGGAAAAAGCUCAGGUUCAGAGGGUGGGACAGACUGACAGACAGACAGACAUGCCAAUACUAGAACAAAAUGAAAGGCCCAGCAGAUUUUAUACUUAUCAGCAUCCUGCGCCAAAGCUGAAAGAUGCAUAAUGUUUGGAAUAUUUUUGUGGUAGUGUUGGUGAUGGGGGGAAAAAAAAUCAACGCUCAGUUUGUCUGUAAUUGUUUUGGGGUCUCAGGGGGAGAAAAAUACAAAUAAAAGCUUAGGCACUUGCAUUGUAAAUUAGUCAGAACCUACACUUACUCACACGUGUAAAAUCACAGCACUGGUAGAUUUGCUCUACUCCUCCCCCCAAUGGAUGGACCUGCAUUUUUCCUUAUUCAAAAAGCUCAUUAUAACUCCCUCCAUGAUCUUAUCACGGGAGUGACACAGGUCGUCCUCUUUAUUGUUUUUUGGGUUUUUUUUUUUGUAAUGAUUGUCAAUAUUGGACCUUUUAGACUGGGGGAGGUGGGGAGGGAGGGAAGGGAGGGAAGGGCAUUUUACAAAACUAGCUGUACUUGCCUUAGAACAAAGAUUUUGUCACUGAGCAUUUAUCUUAUGACUGUGCCAUAAUCUCUCGUUACCUGUUAUAACAGGUAUUAUGUCCUGACAGGAGUGGAACUGAGCCCACGUGGUGCAAGUCACUGAAAAGUGAUGCAAAUUGCAGAUAUUUUUAAUGCAAUCAAUCGGCGACUUGCAAGAAGAGACAUUUCUGCUUUAACAUCAUCAGCACUUCCAGUUUUGAAACCUCACGCGAGCUCUUUUCCAAUUCCUGGUGAUACUGUCGUGUAGGGAAAACCCCCUAAACUCAUGUCAUUUGAGCUUAUCGUACCGAUACCAUAGAAUAAUGUAUCACUAACCUCUGAAAACCUCAGUCUAUGUUACAAUAUUAUCCCCGUUGGACUUAUGACUGUGACUUAGCUUAGGACUAUUUUAAGUUGUUUUUUUUUUCUUCCCCUCCGUGGAAGCAAGUUUGUUUGUCUCACAUUUCCAACAUGGCAUCAAGUAUCAAGUAUUGGUAUUGGAAAAGCCACCUGGGACCUUAGAAAGCUGUCUGUUGGUAAAUAAAUUCACAGAAAGUUUCUAUGAGUUUGUUUUUAUCCCCUCUACUUUUUGUUUGGAAAUAUGGAUUAUCCAUAAAUAAAAUAAAAUUCUUUUGUUCACACUAA